AUGACCAUUGGGCAAGUACCCCUCAUUCGAGACUUCUUCUCGUUAUUCGAGCGAGAUGCUUUGGUAGAACUUGAGAAAGAUUUCUAUACCAACAGCAAGGCGAACGCAGAGAUAAUGCAGUCACAAAACAACAACGAAUUCCCCAUGACCGGCAAGAAACGACCAGAACCUGUCGGAUUGACGGUGGUCCAGUUUCUCUACUUGUGCCUGUCCCAUCUCGACCUCGACACUUUUGACCGGCGUGCAGAAGCUGGCUCUGCUUUACCAGAGUUGAUGGAGCUGAUCGUAUCCUUCUUCAGGAAAUGUGACCGUGAGGCUACGGGUUUCAUCAGUUGGACGGACUUUGUCGGACGUUACCGUAGCAUUUUGCUUGAAAAGGCCGACGGGGUAGGCAGUGGCGUGAGGUCCGUGACCGCCGCUAUGAACACGGAGUUAAUUGAUGUGUUUCGGCACGG